CUAUUGUGUACAGUCGCUAUAGUAAGUCAUUACCAUAUGAAAAGGUACACUUAUAUAUAGAAAUAGGAACUGCAAAAUUCGAACUAAAAUAAAGAGAGAAAAUGUCACCAAAUAAUGGAUUUACAACGUUGACACGGAGUUUAGCAUCAGCUAUGAUAUAUUAGCGAGGAUUAAGUGGAAUAUUACCAAAUAUGGCAAUUCGAGAGAAUAACAACUACCAAGGGGCGAUGAUAGCUCAGUGUAACGAGUUUGAGGCCCAGCAUCGCCCUAGUUGUAUCUCUCAUCUUCCACCACUCAGCGCUGUACAGCCAUCGUACAGUGAGAAGCCUAAGAUAGUACAGCGUGGGUCUUGGACUUUGGCGGCCCCUUUAAAGGAACAGAAGUACCACCGACAUGUUAGUGACUCCAUUGCCAACAAUUACAGUCUAGGAGCCAAAGAAAUAACAACAUCAAUUAUAUACGAAAACACAAAAUUUACUCCCGAAGAGAUCCUGUCCCCCAGGAACUACAAGCCCCCAAGUCCCCCAUCCCCUGAACCCAGAGAGCAUAGGCCAAAAUCUGUCAUCAUUAGAAAGAGUUCUGCGGAAAGGAUUGACGUUGCCAAAUUAAGAUCUGCCAGUCACCAUCAUAUUGGUGGAAACUCACACCCACAAUCCAAUGGGUACCCACAAUCCAAUGGCUACCCACAAUCCAAUGGGGUAAAUGGGAAUACAGAUCUACACACUCAUAGUCACUCCCAUGCGUUACCUCCCAUUGGUUCCAGUCCUA